AUGACGGCUCCUCUCAGCAACGCUACCAUAUCGCGCCUACUUGUUUAUAUUGCUUCGUUUUGCUUUUUCUUAGCAGCGGGGAGUGUUUUCAAAACAACCCAGCAAAUGCGCUUAGACUUGCCGGAGCCGGGCCAAGUUAUGGAACAUGCGUCCAUCGCUGUCGUAACUACUAAAUACGCCAAAGCGCAUCCCACCUAUAUCCUUCUAGGAAUCAUUGCCGCACAAUCUUGUCUGGUAGGAGCUCUGCUGAAACACUACGCCGAUCGCGACAGAGUCGCCCGCGAUGUGCUGUCGGUGGUGUUUGACGAGCGACUGAAGGAAGAGAUCGAAGCUGCCGAGUACAGAAUGGCCAAUGCUAUGCGCACACAAACCGCCAUUAUUUUCAAGUCGCUCGAGAGUUAUAAACGGCCCGUCAACAAGUCUCCCGCAUCCAGUCCUCCCGUUUGGCAGCCCACCCCCAAACAGCCUCCCCCCAACCGCCGCUUUGAGCUGGGGGUUAAUAGAGCGCCCCAUAACCGGACCUCUCCCUCGUCAGUUAUCCAAUUGCACAAGGAGGUUGUGUUCCCUGCUCAGCGCUCGCCGGCUAUGGUUACACCUCCGAUGGAUGAUCAUACAGAAGUCCGAGAGCUGUCUCGGACUGAAGUUAUUGAGCGCCUGGCUGAAGCCAAAGUUCGCAAAUACAGACGCGUUUGUAUCCCUGUGCGCGGCUGGGUUUCCUCUCGGCAGCUGAUGCGCGAGCAUGAGAUCACUGAAGAAGAAGUAAACGCUGCACUGGACAGGGUUACGAUCUCUGUCGAAGAGGUUUGCAAGGGCGAUUGGAAUGUGUCAAUGUACCAGGAUCUCAAGCCUACUGCUAAAAUCUAA